UGUUGUAAUGUUGACGACGCAGUCAUGUCUCGUACCGGUAGGCCCUUUCGGUUCGAAAAUACUCUAUUGCUUCGCGAUCACGGCGUUCCUGCUGUGCGAUGGUGCAUCUGCGUGGACCCAGGAGGACCUUGAGCUCUUCGACGUUGUCGAAGACGUGAACGAGAACUUCUACACAUUCCUCGGUCUGUCCCCAGACGUGGACACAGCGGGAAUCAAGAAGGCGUACAGGAAACUGUCCCUUCAGUUCCACCCUGACAAGAACAAGGAGGAAGGAUCGGAAGAGAAGUUCCGUAAGAUCGUCGCCGUCGUAGAGAUACUGAAGGAUGAAGAGAAGAGGAAAAAGUACGACGCGGUGCUGGAAAAUGGCCUGCCUGACUGGAGGCAGCCCGUGUACUAUUACAGGCGAGUGCGCAAGAUGGGUAUCGCCGAGCUCUCAUUCUUCCUCGUUGUGCUGCUCACGCUGGGGCAGCACGUUGUGGCGUGGGCUGCCUACUGGGAGCGAAAGUUCGAGCUGGAAGAGACCGUGCUGGCCAAGUUCAAGCGCAAAGAGCGCAAGUCGAAGAAGCUAACGGCCGUCGAGGACGAGAUUCGUGCCUCGUACAUCGAUAGUCUUGGCAAGCCGAGUUACCUGGACCUUCUUAUAGUGCGUUUCAUUGUGUUUCUCGGCUGGGCCGUGUGGAACUCGCCUACACUUGUGCGGCAGGGUUUCGAGAAAAUCCAGGAACGCCGCAGCCGAGCCACGCUCGAGGAAGAGAGAACGAGCGACGAGGAGUCGUGCGACGAGGCAUCGGAGCGGGAGCGCAAGCCUCGGAGACGGGCGCGAGUUAUACCCGAGGCCGGCGAGUUGCCUCUCGCGGCGGGCCCCGCGAUUCCGGCGCUCGACACCUGCGCGACGGUUCCCGAGGUCCGAAGCAACGACCGAGGCGCCGUUCGCAAGACACCCUGGGGCGAGGAAGACACCGUGGCCCUUAUCAGAGCCAUGAAGAAGUACCCAACCGGCACCGUGGACCGGUGGCAGAAGAUCGCGGACCUGUUGAACCGCAGCCAGGACGAAGUCAUGUCGGUAAUGAAGCAGCUCCGGAACUUUCCCGUCGCCAACGUUGUGCCACACUCCCAGGGAGUUACGGGAGAAGACUACCACAGUUUAGACGAAAACGCGGCGCGCCCGGAAGGCAAGCCUAGUCUGCCUCCGCCGACGCUUGCCGAAAACCAGCCUAGGGCUGUGCCACCGCUUGCUCAAAGGGUCGCCGACUGGAGCCAAGAACAGCAGAAGUGCAUGGAAGCUGCGCUUCAGAUGUUCCCAAAGGGAACCGAAGAUCGCUGGGACCGUAUAGCCGAGGCUGUUCCCGGCAAGUCCAAGGAGGAGUGUAUGCUCAGGUUCAAGUUUCUCGUUGAGCAACUGAAACGAAGAAAGGUUGAGAAGUCUAAAAUGAGUUAACAGUGCAUUUGCUUGUUUUAUGUUGAUGAAAUAUAUUUAUUUUCUAAUAGCUUUUUCCCCACUGUGAGAAUAAGAAAUGAACACACUCAUGUGCACUAAUUGGUAUGCCAUAUAGGGUGUAUGCACCUGACAUCAUCGGCGAAGAUCCCUAGCGUCGAGACCGCCAUUUUGGCGGUCCGCGCACUCGUCAAACGCACAAACAUCUAUCUCGCUGUGUGCGCUGUGUCCAAGAUCCGUACGGCAACUUGUUUAGAGAUAUCCAAAACACCUCCUGCAUGCCGAAGCGUAGACAGCAGGACGGCGAGUACGAAUGGACCAUUGAAAUGGCGUGGCAAUGGUGUUGCCCCCUUGCAGAUCAAGGCUCAGUGCAUGCCCCCUAUACGGUACAAAGAUUUACAGGAACAUGCAUCCUUGAAGUGAUUAACUGUGGUAGAACAAGACAUGUCGCUGAAGACAUACAUUAUGAUGAGAGAACUUGUCUUGCUUAGAAAUAAUUGAAACAUUUGUUUCUGUGAUGGUCUUUGUCCUACCAAAAGUAGUCAUUCACAGCUUACAUGUUGAUUGCUUCGAUUAUGUGGCUCACGAUGCUAGUGCAGCAAGCCUGCUGCAUAGUCAAAGAGGACUUAUCUUCGCAAUGCAGGAAAAGCAAUAGGGACAGAGCUGUUGCUAAUGUACUCCUACAUGCAGCAAUACAAUUUGGAAAGCAUUUUGCACAUCUUUGGUAAAUGAAGGCUCAUCAGCA